AUGCCCAGCUCUACUGCAAUGGCAAUUGGCGCUCUCUCUAGUUCUCUUCUUGUAACCUGCUGUCUCAUGGUUGCUCUCUGUAGCUCCACCAUACCUGUGCAAAAACUGGCCAAGGCUCCAGACAAACAGGAGAUAAAAACAAGUCAGGAAAAGAGGGAUCAUACAUCAACCAGGCCGGACAGUCAGAGUCAGACAGGCCCAGGGAAAAUGAAUGAACUUGGAAGGAAUGGGCGGGAAGAGGGCACCAGAGAUUGGAAGAGCAAAGGAAACAGAAAUUAUUCAAACAAAGAAUCUUGGACUAGGCAAAAACAGGUUUGGAAUAGUCAAGGAACAAGCAGUAAAUCUGGGAACGUUCAAGCACAGGAGCAAAGGGAUGGUGUUCCAGAGGAACCUCAGGCGGCUGAAGAAUCAUCCCUCCCAGAAGUUGUUGCUAGUACUACUCCUGAGCCUCCGGAGGAGUAUGCCUAUCCAGAUUACCGUGGGAAAGGCUGUGUGGAUGAGAGUGGCUUCGUUUAUGCUAUUGGGGAGAAGUUUACUCCAGGUCCCUCUGCUUGCCCCUGUCUUUGCACUGAUGAGGGACCUCUGUGCAUUCAACCUGAGUGCCCAAGACUCCAUCCACGGUGUAUUCAUGUAGACACCAGUCAGUGCUGCCCACAGUGCAAAGAGAGGAAGAACUACUGUGAGUUCAGAGGAAAGACCUACCAGACACUAGAAGAAUUCAUGGUUUCCCCAUGUGAGAGAUGCCGUUGCGAAGCCAAUGGUGAAGUGCUGUGCACAGUGUCUGCUUGUCCUCAGACUGAAUGUGUGGAUCCAGUGUAUGAGCCAGAUCAAUGCUGCCCCAUCUGCAAAAAUGGCCCAAACUGCUUUGCAGAAACCACUGUCAUUCCAGCUGGCCGAGAGGUGAAGACUGAUGAAUGCACUAUAUGUCACUGUACUUACGAAGAAGGCACUUGGAGAAUUGAACGACAAGCUAUGUGCACUAGACACGAAUGCAAACAAAUCUAG